GACAGAGAAGAUCGUCCAUUGAGAAUGCUACUUCUUCGCUUUAAUAUCUGAGGUUUUAGCCGUAUUGUAAGUUAUAAAAGCAGCAGUAUUGUUGCAAGUGAUUGACUCUAGCUAUGUCUCGCCCGCCUGAUAAAAUACGUUCCCGCAUAAAGCAGUUGUUCGGCUUAAAACGAGAGACGAGCGACACUUCAUCUCCUCAGUCACCAGCGAGUGUGAUUGAGGAACCCGUUGAUUGUUAUGAAUUACUGAAGGAAGUGACACAAGAAUCUGGCAACACUCGAUCGUCACGUGCCAGGAUUCUGAAGGAACUCUGUGAGGUCGUGGCUGCCAAACAACUGGAGCCGCGUGGAGUUCAAUCAAUGUGGGAAGCUGUAAAAGAUUUACUGAAUGAGGAGAAUACCGUGGAUAUUCGACAUGUAACAUUGCAAUUUCUUACAGCACUUGUGACUGGUCAGUAUGAUCAUUUAAAGUUAUUGCGCGCUCAUUUUUUCUCUGUAAUGGAAAAUCAAAACAUUACUGAAGACCUGACACCAAGGUUGCAUUUUCUGAAAGCAUUAUCAUUAGAUGGCAAAGAUAUUACAUACUUUGAAGAGAAGAUUGGGCCAUUUCUCUUGUCAACUAUGCCUGCUGUUAUCUUUGCCGAAAAGUUGGACCUAUUUCUGCCAUUGCUUCGAAAUUUCAUUCGAUAUAAUUCAAGUUAUUUGGAUGAAGAUAUUCUCGCUGGUUUAGUAAAACAAACAUGUCACAUUUGUACAUCAACUGAUCAAACAACUGAGCUUGAGCAAUGUCUUGAAGUUCUUGACGCUAUCGUACGCUACAGUUCUCUUCCAUCUUCUGCUCUCUAUUCAUUUCUUGUUGCUGUCUGCAAUACCGUAAAUAUCAAACUUUGUGAACCCAGUUGGCGGUUAAUGCGUCAUCUACUUGGCGGCCAUCUUGGUCAUAAUGCAGUUCUUACAAUGUGUUGCAUCCUUGAGGACAGCAACAAUUGGAGCAAGUGUUCUUUAUUACGUGGUGCUGUAUUUUUCAUUGGAAUGUGUUUAUGGGGAUCGAAACGAGUGACAAGUUUGAUGCAUAAACCUGUUGCUGUUCUUCCUUCUUUUCUGAAGGUCUUAUCUUGUGCUCAACAAACCGUCAUUUGUGAAGUCACAUUGUCAAUGCAAAGACUCGUCAAAAAAUAUGGUCUUCAUCAACAUGACGUUGCUUGGCAAUCCAUUUUGGAAAUCACGUCAGCUUUACAAAAGUUCGUUGAGGACAAUUCAUCGUGUGGACCUGUUGUAUCGGAAAGCUUUCAUCUUCUUCUCUCUUAUAUUGAAGAACUUUAUGAAAGACACGAGUUUAAUGGAUCAACUGAUAAAUUGUUUGAAAUCGUCGCUAAAUGUACAAAAAGUAGAUCGGAAUCAUCCGUAAUUCUCCUUGUGUCCUAUCGUGCCCAGUCCCUUCAUCCAUAUUGUGAAAAGUGGUUUGAAAAUAUUCAUGGUUUAAUGAACAACUAUUUCAAAGACGAAGAAAGACCCGCCAUUCGACUUAAAGUUUUGGAAGUCCUUGGAAACAUACUGGGAAAGUUUUCCCCCCUGUACGAGGAAGAAAUCUUGGAAAAUUCAGUCUUGCCAUUUUUGGAUAAAAUCGCCGAAGAUCCCCAUUUAUCUGUUCGUAUUCGCGCCGUUGAACUCCUUGUCGAUGUUGUCGAAAGCUCAGAUUCUCCGAAAGUUGCUGAUGUUUUGAAUAUUAUUGAAAAAGUUGCAUUAUCCCCAGUUGAUCCCUUGAAACGUCAAGUUACCCAAAUAUAUGACAGUCACAACAUCAGUGUAAUGCAGGAUGAUACGUCGUUGAGUGACAUCAAGGAAGUCGUUUUGGCGUUAGUUCGUUUGUUCAAGAUAAAAUUAUUUCGCAAACCUUCAGAACAUGCUGAGAGAAUGUUUGAAAUUCUCGUCUCUCACAUCAAUGCACAUUAUAACCAUGGUUACAGAACGUAUAUUGCAGCCGAGAUAAGACUAGAAAUUUUAAAAUGUUUCCUAAGUCUACGCGCGGACAGUUAUCGACGUUUGGGAAUCAAGAAUAAGGAUGAAAAGAUAAAGUUUAGCUCUUACUUUAUCUGUAAUGAAAGUUCAUCUGAAAUCACGACUCUCGUAGUUCUCCCAUUCAGUUCAGCGAUGAAAGUUAUUUUAAAGUGUCUACAACAGGAACUGGAGUGGGAGGUCCUUGAUGUUGUCCUGACAACCAUUCCACAGACCCUUGAAGAUAAAAAUCUGAUUCUUUCUGGAAAACAAUAUCUUGGUUCUCUUUGCACCGUUCUUUCAAAAAUGGUUUCAAACUACGAUUUUCUUACGGGAUUAUUUCGUGUUCCACACGAAAUGCGUCGACCUCACUUGUAUACGAAAAUAUUUCCGGUACUCACGCAAUUGUCUACAUAUCAUUCUUAUAUUGGUGCAGAAGAACAAUUUUGUCUCAUGCACACUAUGGAGAUUGGUUUGGUUUCAUAUUCAGCAGCUUUAUGCGUCUCCUGUCUUACUUUGUGUAUGUUGGAGAUGCCGUCGGUUAUGGCAAAGUUAUUACCAACUUAUUUGGAAAAAUUUACGAAACUUUCACCAACACCUCAAGUGGCUUUACCACUUUUGGAAUUCUUAUCAGCUUUAUCAAAUCUUCGUCAUUUAUACGCAAACUUUACGUCUGUUCAGUUAAAACAAGUCUUUGGUGUUUGUCUUCAUUUUAUUGAUUCCACAAGAUACUCGCAAUACACUGUUACUUUGGCUCAUAAUGUUAUUUCAUCGUGGUUUACUAAUUGUCCUUUGUUAUUGAGGAAGCAAUUUGUAUCAUUUAUAACAAAGAGUCUUAGACUUACUGUUCAAUCCCACAAUACCCCAUUAUCGUACCCUAGUGUCCCUACUUCAUCUAAUAUUUCACUGUUAUCCAAUGACGUUGGUACCAGCAGAUUGAGUGCCGAAAUGGUCGAGAUCGCCAUUGAUAUGAUGGCAAAAUAUACAUUCUCCUCCGAGCUCUCCCAGCCCAAGAGGACUGCUGUUAUUGAUAAUCUCCUAGCCAAUGGAACGUCGCGAAGUUGGUUACUAGGCAAUGCUCUUGUUACCGUGACUGUGAGCAAGUGGUCACCUAGCAACAUGUCAUGCGUACACUGUUCUAGUGAAAGUUCAUUAUGUAAGGAGGCUUCCCCCCGGCUAAAUAAUAUAAAUACGGUGUUGACUGAUGAUAACAAAUCAAAUCAAACGGAAAAUUUGGAAAGACCGCAGAACAUUUAUCAUGCGGGCUCAUCGUUUUGUUCUAAAGAUAGUUCAAGUUGUUUGUGUCAGGGCUGGGCCGAGCUCUUUAUUCGACGGCCAAGUGGAAAUACGUCCUGGGUACUAAGGUUGCAGAAUCGUCCAACAUCUAGCGACAUUUUUGUCGGCGGAGGUUCGCGAUCUCAGGUUGAGUUGACGUCACCGGAGAUUUACGAUAGUUUGAUUCCGAAAGAAUUUUUUGAUGAUUUAUGGGCAGAAGUGAGAGAAGAAAAAUCAAAAGAAGUUUUAGCAUCAACCACAGGAUUACUCAGUAAAAGUGCUGACAGCGAUACACUUAUCGUAGAUCUUGUAAAAGAUGACGAAGUUCAAAAUACGACCAAAAUGAACGCUGAAGAUGAAGUCGUUGGUAAAGAAUCUUACGAUAAAAAUACUGGAAGGAAAGUGUCCUUUAGCCAGGAUGGAGGACCUGAGAAUGAUAAUAACAUUGGUUCUUUCGUUAAACGAACACGGUAUCUUAGUCAUAGUCCGAGGGAUGGACCAAGUGCCUUUAUGGGUCUUGAUGGAGUUAAAGAUUCUAUCGAUGACGCACUUCACGAAAAUCCACCUGAAAUGGAAUGCGAAGAUUUGUCCCAAUCACCUGUAUUUGAAAAGCCUGUCGUUGGGAAAUCUCCAUUGGAUGCAAGUCCCUUGAAGAAAUUUCUUCAACAAGAUAAGAAAUAUUUGAACGAAGAUUCUGACAGUGAUAGCUUUGAGGAAACUCUUGUGAACUCAGAUACGACGUCAGAUCUUCAAGAAGACACCUUACAAAAUAAUUCUCCACUGAUUUCAAGUAAUUCUCACGAUUUUGAUAAAGAUGAAUCAACUUCUGUAGAUGGUACAACUUCUGAAGAUGUCACAACUUCAUCACCAACAUCUUGUGUUCUCAAUACAUCAAACUGCGAAGAAAAUGAAUCUACCAGGAGUUUUCACUCUCUGCCAAACUCCCCAACAUCUCAAACUUCAGCUUGCAAUUCAUCACAGAAUAUAAAGCGAAGUUUUAGUCCAUUGUUUGGCUUUACUGGAGAUAAAGUCCCUACAAGAAACUUUCACGUUAAGACGAACAAAAGCGCCACGGUUGACAUUGGUAUGUUAAAUCGAUCUUCCUCCUAUGUUGAUGUCGAGGAAAGCGUUAAAGGAAAACGAGGUAUAUCAAAGCUUUUCGAAAAUGACAAUGGAAAAAAACAAACAGUUUUACUAAGACGACAGACUAUGUCUGGUAGUCAACUGCCUAAGAAAAAAUUAAAUCGCAGAAGUUACGAUGGAUCAUUUUCCGAUACAGCGACGAUGAAUCACGAAAACAAUGACGAAGAUAUUCCGAUGACUUAUGACGCAAUGAGUCCAAACUUCAUUUUCUUACAAUUAUAUCAUUUGUCGUGGUUUGGCAAGGAUCACACUCCACAUGCAAUACCUGAACAAGAGUUCUUCCAUCGCGCUGUCAAGAAUCUUGAUCGUAUCAUGCCUUACGAUACACACAAGAUAGCCGUCAUUUAUGUAGCUGAAUAUCAAGAAAAUGACGAAGUAGCUAUCCUUCGUAAUCAAUAUGGGUCAUCGAGAUACAUGGAGUUCCUGUCAGGUCUUGGGGAGCUAGUCAGACUUCGUGACUGCUCUGUUUGUGAUGUUUAUACUGGGGGACUGGAAAGGAAUGGCGUUGAUGGAGAAUAUGCAUAUUGUUGGAGGAGUGAGUUAGCUCAAGUGAUGUUUCAUAUUGCAACGUUGAUGCCAAACAAAGAAAAAGAUCCAAAUUGUCAUUCAAAGAAACUUCACAUAGGAAAUGAUAAUGUAACCAUUGUUUAUAAUGAUUCAAAAACAGAAUACAAGAUGGGAGUCAUAAAGGGUCAGUUUAACUUUGUGGAAAUUGUUAUCAAACCGCUGGAUAACCAAACCAACAUCGUUUGUUUAAAUAUCAAAGAUGAAUUGAAAGAAAUAUUAAUGAAUUCUAACCUUACUCCGAGGAUUAUAUCGGACAAGAAUCUUGCAACAUUGGUUCGCCAUAUGGCUUUACAUGUAAACAUGUCAUCUGUCAUUUAUCAAAGUCAAAAAACACCAACUGAUGCUUAUUGUUGUAACAGACUACAACGUCUACGACAACUAAAAAGAAUCAAGUCACGUAUUCCUACUGCAGAAACUGAAUCAUUAAUACACAAGAGAGAGACUUAUAGUAUUGUAGACUUUACAAAAUAUAUUAUUUAAUUAUAUCCUAUAUUCCCUGUUGCAGAAACUGAAUAUAGUUCACCAGUGUGGUGAAGAUUUCAUCGUUAUAAAUUCUCUUUACUUUGUCACAACAUGGCAAAUUUGACCUAAAAUUUCCCCAACAUGUCAAUUUUCACAUUUCUGCUUGUAAUGUAAACUUUACUCAAAUAUCAAAUUUCUUGUUUGACCUAUAAUUUGAGUCUAGUAGACGUCCCCUCGUGUUUUGUUUCUUCUUCUGCGAAUAAAUUGUUUUCGUUUUGGAAA